UAGCGGGCCGUCGGUUGGGCUCAGACAGGCCCCAGAAGAUGGAGAGAUGGAGCCACCCCAAGAUACAAAUAGGCCUUUCAGCACACUUGAUAACCGCAGCGGGCGGGUCCAAGCCAGGUCCCCCACCCCGCUAUUGCAGAGGAAUCCCUACAGCAGCCCGGAUGUCAUGCACAUUAAAGGGUCAGAGGCUUCUUCCGUCCCUUACACCCUGGACCAGGGCACGAUGGCCCUGCCUAAGGACAAGAACAAGGAGGGCACCGGGCACCGGCUGCUGAACAUGCUGAAAAAAACUCUUAAAGGGUCUGAUAGUGAAGAACUGGAAAUAACACAGGAGACACCAAAUUUGGUGCCGUUUGGGGAUGUGGUUGGCUGCCUGGGCAUUCAUGUAAAGAACUGCAGACAUUUUACGCCUAACAUCAGUUUACAACAUUAUGCUAAUUUAUUUAUUCGCAUCUCUAUAAACAAAGCUGUGAAAUGCACAAAAAUGUGUAGCUUGCUAUCCAAAGACAGUGAGAGGAACACUGUAAUUAAGUUCGAUGAAGUGAAGUAUUUUUCUGUACAGGUUCCCAGACGUUAUGAUGAUGAGCGGAAUAAUAUUUUAUUGGAACUCAUACAAUAUGACAAUACAGAAAAACGUGCCGUCUUGUUAGGGAGUGUUCAGGUACACCUUUAUGAAGUAAUUCAGAAAGGGUGCUUCAUUGAAGAAGUCCAAGUGUUGCAUAGAAACGUAUUUGUCUGCAGGCUGGAGGCGGAAUUUAUGUUCUCCUAUGGAAACUUUGGUUAUGGAUUUUCACAUCAGUUAAAACCUCUUCAGAAAAUUACUGAACCAUCCAUGUUUAUGAAUCCUACACCACCUCCAGAAAGAACAGAUCCCGUGACAAAAGUUAUUACACCACAGACAGUAGAAUAUCCAGCAUUCUUAUCCCCAGACCUGAAUGUUACUGUUGGGACUCCAGCUGUGCAAUCCUCCGACCAGACAUCUUCUGUAGUGCGACUUGAAAAACUUCAGCAACAACCCCGGGAAAGGCUGGAAAAGAUGAAAAAAGAAUAUAGAAAUCUGAAUACAUGGAUAGACAAAGCUAACUAUUUAGAAAGCAUUCUAAUGCCAAAAUUGGAACAUAAGGAUUCUAAGGAAACUAAUGUGGAUGAGGCAUCUGAAAACCGGAAAAGUAAUCAAUCUGAAGAGAAGCUUGAAAAUGUUGCAGGAGUAGAUAUCCCUCUUGUAAAUGAGGAAGCUGAAACUACUCCAAAUGAGUUACUGGAUAAUGAUUCUGAGAAAGGCCUGACUGUACCAACUUUGAACCAAUUGGACCAAGAUAAUUCAACUGCUGAUACUUCUAAAAGUGAUGAAUCAACACCUUCACCCACAGAAGUGCACUCAUUGUGCACUAUUUCUAACCAGGAAAUAAUAAAAGCAGGCAGAGUACCACCUUUAGGUGAACGUCAAUCAGAAAGCAUGCCAGACAGAAAAAUGAAAAAUGUGUUUUUUCCAUCAGAAGUAAAAUUAAAAGAUAACUAUCCAAGCAUUUUAAAAGCAGACUCAUCUCUAUCAGAGGUGGCUUUUUCACCAAAAGAAUAUAAUUCACCAUCUUUCAGACCAGAAUAUAUAGAAUUCAAACCAAAAUUUCAGUUUCAGAAAGUCAACAAGAACGGUUUUGAUCCUUUUCUAAGGAAUAUAAACAAAAUGCCAGUCAGUAAAAGAAAAGAUCAAGAUAUAUACAAAUGUAGAAACAUUUUAGGUGCAGAGGUUAUAGAGCACGAAGACCAGGAUCCUCCUUAUCCAGCACAAUCAAAAACUGCAGGACCUGCUAAUAAAACCUGGGCCCAUGACCCUAAUAUCUUCACAACAAAGACGUCAGAAACUGAGAAUAAGUUAGCCCCUGACCCUACUAUCAAUACGAUAAAGGGUUUAGAUACAAAGAAUAAUUUAGAAGAAAAUCUACCAAAUGUAUCUUUACCAAGUUUCAAAGGAGAAUCAUCAAGGGCUGGAAAUGUACAUGCAAAUACAUGUCACCUCUCAAAGUCUUUAAAUUUUACCCCCCAGAUAGAAUAUUUAAAACAAUCAAUGAUACUCAAGUCAAUUUUAAGUAAAAAUCUGCAAGACCUUUCAGACAAAUUAUUUUCUAAACCAGAAGUUAGUAUGAACAGUGAAGCAAGAGAGAAAAGUAGUUCUCUACUUAUAAGCAUUCGUGAUAAAUCAUCAAGUAGUAUGGAAGACAACAUAUUGGGAAAAAAACAAGAUUUAAACAACUGGCUUUCAGAAAAAGACAUUUUAAAUUCAAAGACUAUUUUAAGUCAAAUAAUUAAAAAUAUUCCUGUGGAUUUAUUUUCAGAAGGUAGUCAAAUAACUGAAAAUAUUCCUGCAGAUUCACUUUCAGAAGGUGGUCAAGUAAUUAAAAAUAUUCCUGAAUAUUCACUUUCAGAACAGGGUCAGAUAAUUAAAAAUAUUCCUGCAGAUUCCUUUUCAGAAGGUGGACCAGGACAAUCUCCGGAGGUAGAAGAAUAUGUCUCUAAAACACACUUCGAAGCUGAUGAGAGAGAUUUUCCAAUUAAAAAAAAGAGUAGUAUCAAAAAGAAACAUUUAAUAAGUGAAGUACCUAACUCCAAAUCAGGUUCAAGUGGCACUGUACAUGACUACAUUAUAAGGCAAAUAUUCACUGCACCAAUAUUCUCAGAAUUGGAGGUAGAAGUGAAAGAGCCAAGUGAAACACCAAUGAACUUGGAAAAUCAAGUACCUACACCUUGGAAGAGAAGUUUGUCAUCACAUAUUCUACUUCAUGAAGAUAAUGCUGAUAAAAUAGAAUUGCCACAGCCCAGAUCUGCUAUAAGCCAGAUAUUACAAGCAUUUCCUGUAGAUACUCUUUUAGAAUCUGGGAUAGUCAAAGUGAUAGAAUUAGAUAAAGAACGCCGUAAGAGUUCUUUGCUGGGUACGGGGAUCACUUCACCUAAAGGAAAGCUGAAGGAUUCCCAAGAGUAUUAUUCAGAAAUCAGAAGCGAAACAGAACCUCUUUCUGAGCAGAAUAUACCCAUCAUUCCCAAAGACACUACUUCUGUUAGUAGAGUUGAAUUUAUACAGGAAGACCAAAAUAUGUUCCCACAAGAUUCAAGUUAUUAUUCAAUAGCAAAUAAAGAACUGGAUUUGCCAAGAAAUGGUCAGAGGCUUGGUAAAGACAAAAAUGACCUCAGUUCUACUUUAGAAAGUUUAACUAACUCAUUAAUGGAUAAACUUAAUGAAUCAGAUGAAAUAAUGUUAAAAUCCUUUUUAAAAAACAUCUUCAAUGUUUUUUUCAAAUAUAAUCAAUCUGAAAGAAGACGACAACCAGAAAGAGAAUUAGAAAGACUAAUUCAACCUUCUUUUACAAGUGACACAGAACACCUUAAAGAAAUCCAAGAGAAUUUUGAUAAAGUAGACAAAUUAGACAGAAAACAUAUUUUGAGUCCAAAGUUGCGUGUGUUUCUAGAAGAACUCUCAGAGUCAGAAGUAAAAAAUUUAAAAUCUGAAUUAAGUAAACAAAUCCAGCAUUACCUUGUGGAAAGACUUUCAGAAUCAGGACAUAUCACCAAGGAGGACUUACCAAAAAUCUACCGAAAUCUGUAUCUGAUGAAUGAGAAGGUAGAGCGGAAAGGGCCAAACAGUUUUCAGGGGAAAUAUUCUGAAACUGUGAAAGAAAUCAUGUCUUUUGUCAAAAAUUUCAAUCAUCAUUUCAUAGAUAAACAUUUAGAAAUAAAGCUAAGGUCUUUUUUAAAUGAGAUUCUCCAAAACUAUUUCCUAAAAAACAUUUCAGAAAGCAGUUUAUUUAAUGAGACAGAAUCUGAGACUAUAUACCCAAACAUGUCUUCUCUAAGGACUAAAAGUGUCUCACUUUCUUUUCAUGAACUAGAACAAGAUAUUUCAAAGGGGAGUUUUGGUAGAAGGUUUGAAAUAAACAUGAAAUAUCCUUUAAGUAAAUCUCUACAAAACUAUCUGAUAGCUUUAUCAGAAAAUGAAUUAUUACAUCUAAAAGCUGAUUUAAGCAAACACCUCCAGGGUCUUUUUUUAGAAAAACUUUCAAAAUCAGGACUAAUGACAAAAAGGCAAUUAGAAGGGAUCAACCAGCAUAUAAAUUUGCUUAAUUCUAGUUCUAUACCAUUAAAAUAUAUAAAGACACAUUUACCUUUUAGAGAUGACCAUCACUUUGUGGAGAAGCAUUCAGAAAAGCAAAAUAAAUAUUCAAGAAUUGUUCAACAAACCACUUUACAAACGGUUUCUGAGGAUAAACUUAGAGAAACAGAACUGAUUCGAGAGAAAGAAAAGAAAUAUUUUCCCUUACAGAAUUUAAAAGAAAAUUCAUCUUUAAUUAGGGAACAGAAAAGUUAUUACACUAAAGAAGAAGCUAAAACACCAAGUUUAAUCAAAGUACAACCUUCUUCCAAUAAAAAUACGCAGGCAAGUCCAUUAAACAAUUCAUCAGAAACACUUACAGAUAUACUGCUUAAGAAACUAAGGAAAGAACAUGUAUUUAUGCAGCUUCCUCAAGCAGAAAAUUCUGUUUAUAAAACACAGAUUCAAGACCCAUAUAGUUGGGGUGGUAAAUCAAAAAUAACUCAAUCAAAAGCUUGGUGUGAAAGGACACAGAAAAUGAAGUCCCUUGAUAGAAAGGAGCAUGUAAACAUCUAUAAAUGGACUGUUCAGGAAAAACCUGAAGCAGUAUUAACGUCGUAUCCAAGAAUUCCUAAUGCCAGAAUGCCAAGGGAAGAUGAGUAUGUAAACAGACUCACUUUUCCUUCCUGGCAAACUAGCACUUUAACUCAUUUCAAUACAGAGACUGAGGAAAAAUCAAAAUUAGAAGACCACUAUUGUCAGAGACUGAAAGGAAAUAAUAACAAUAAUAAAAAACAUUUAGUAACAUUUGCACAAUACAAAAAAGAAAUACAAACUCUUUAUAUAAAACCAGAUGAAAUUUGCACUGAAAAAUGUGCCAAGUUCCCUGAAAUACAGUCAUUCCAAUAUAAAGAUGUAGAAAAUGAGAAAAACUCGAAACCAUCCCUCUUCCCAGAAUUAUUUAAGAGAGAAGAUCUAAAACCCAAGGUCCGAAAAGAAAGAGACAGUGUCACCAAACCAAAAAAGUCAUUUAACAAGAUAGUCAGGAUACUGCCAACCACACUGCCCACCACAAGAAUUCACCUAAAGAAGUCUGUUCCAAGGACACUGCUUCACUGGACUGCAAGAACUACUAUACAUGAUUGUUCAGAUAAAUUUGAGGAUUUACAUGACAUGACCUCAUUUACACACCUUAAAAAAGUAAAAUCAAGAUCAAGGCUUUUAGGAAAAAGCUCAGAUGAUAUCCAUAAUCAUGCCAGACACUCUGCAAGACCAUACACUGCUCCGGAGGUUAACAAGCAACGAGAAAGCUACAGUGGAAAGUUUACAAGUCGUCGAAUGGUUUCAUCAGGCUUAGUUCAUAUAAAUGAUAAAACAUCAGAUUAUGAAAUGCAAAAAAUGCGGCCAAAAAAAAUUAAAAGAGGAUAUUGAAAAAUAUUUGUUCGUUUGUGUUAUUAUAAAACAUGUUUAACUUAGAAUGAUAUGUGAGGCCAGCAGUCAGAAUAUCAUUUCUCCAUUAACAAAAUGGUUUGGAGAUCUCUUCUUUUGUGUGACAGAAGUCAGCAACCAACUUUCAUCUUGUUAGAACUAUUUUGUUUUGAUUAAAAUGAAAAACAAACA